AUGAAAGGCACAUUGAUCCUCUCUGGCCUUCUGGCCACCACUGUCUCGGCUCAUAUGCAGUUGAGCAAGCCAUUGCCUAUUCGCAGUCCCCUCAACAAGGAUGCCAAGGGCCAGAAGGAUUAUUCUUACACCAACCCUCUCUCUACCUCUGGUAGCGACUACCCCUGCAAAGGAUACGCCAAUGAUGACUUCGAGGCCGUGGCCACGUGGGAACCAGGCUCCUCCCAAGAGAUGGAGUUGGAAGGCAGUGCCGUCCAUGACGGCGGCUCAUGUCAGCUCGCCCUGACUUAUGACCAGGGUAAGACCUUCAAGGUCAUUGAGUCAGUCGAGGGUGACUGCCCUAUUGCUAAGAAGUACCAAUUCGAUAUCCCCUCGGACGCACCAAGCGGCGAUGCUCUCUUCGCUUGGACCUGGUUCAACAAGGUCGGCAACCGCGAGAUGUAUAUGAACUGUGCUAUGAUCACCAUUGGUGGCUCCGGCAACCGCACCGCUACUGGAGGCCCCCCCAAGCAGUUGCUCCAGGAGAAGACCAUUGAGAAGGGGCCCAACAACAAGGCAAACGACCAAACACCUUACAACAAGCCCAAUAGCCACACAACAAGCGCCGAGAACAGCUUCGAUAGCCUCCCUGAGAUCUUCGUUGCCAACGUCGACCAGACUGGCAAGUGUGUGACCAUCGAGGGCCAGGCCGUCCACUUCCCCAAGCCCGGUUCCAAGCUCAUCGGCAAGGCCGAUGGCCCUGGUUACAAGUGCUCCGGCAGUGCUCCCUUCCUCGACGACACCUCCAAGUCCGAGGAAAAGCCCUCCACCACUACCACCAAGUCCGAGAAAAAGCCAGCUACCACAAGCGCCUCUUCCACCACCACCACCACCAAGUCCGAGAAGAAGCCCGUUACCACAAGCGCCUCUUCCACUACCACCACCAAGUCCGAGAAGAGGCCCGUUACCACAAGCUCCUCUUCCACUACCACCACCAAGUCCGAGAAGAAGCCCGUUACCACAAGCGCCUCUUUCACCACCACCAAGGCCAUGUCCAAGGUUGCUCAGGACUUGAGCACUUCCUCUACCACCACUGACCCCCGUGUCCUCUCCACUGAGGCCUCAUCUAACAACCAGUUCGUCGACUACGUCGGUCAAUGGUCUUGCCACUCUGGGGAAAUCAUCUGCUCCCCCGAUGGAUUCUCCUUUGCCAUGUGCACUAACGGCAAACCCAUCUUCAUGGGCGCCGUCGCUGCUGGUACUAUUUGCCGCAUGGGCGUUAUCACUGCUCGCCAGUAA